GUGCUGUAAAGAGCGCGCUUAGCCCUGACGUGCCAACGCACGCUGAUCUCUCGAAGACACCGUGGAAGGUCGUUGAAGGCGCUGCACGUGCAAACCACCUUUGCUCCCGCUUUACGCGUUCCAGAAAAAGAAACGGAAUUAAUACUAAAUAUGUCUUCCAUGGUCCACUACCACAUACACCGGGUUAUAAUGCAAGAUCAUCAGAGAAAACAAAAGCUUUUAUAGCCAAGGGUAUCCCAAGGACUUGACUCAAGCCCCAUAGGUUGUGUCAGUGCACCUCCUUCUUGGUGUCACAGUCCCGGUCAACUUGCAUCGCUGGUGUCGCUGGCCUUGUUAAAGAAUUGGGUUCUUUUGUCUCUGGAUUACCAGAGCCGCCUUGUGAUUACCCUCUGCUGUCACCAGUAUCGUUCCCUCAAGUUACUUUAUUCUCCAUUAGGGCUUUAAAAAAAUAAAAGGGGUUCAAAAUGAUUCCCAAUGGAUAUUUGAUAUUUGAAGACGAAAACUUCCUUGAUUCAACUGUAGCGAAGAUGAACGCCCUUCGGAAGAACGGCCAGUUUUGUGACGUAAGGCUUGAGGUGUCUGGCCGGGAGCUUUUGGCCCACAGAGCCAUUCUGGCGUGCUGCAGCCCUUACCUCUUUGAGAUCUUCAACAGUGAUGUAGAUUCACGUGGGGUUUGCCACGUGACCUUCGAGGACCUGGAUCCACAGGCAGUAGAGGUCCUGCUGAACUAUGCCUACACUGCACAGCUGAAGGCAGAUAAAGAGCUGGUGAAGGAUGUCUACUCUGCUGCCAAAAGGCUCAAGAUGGAAAGGGUGAAACAGAUAUGUGGGGAAUACUUAUUGUCAAAGAUGGACUGCCAAAAUGCAAUCUCCUACCGCAACUUUGCCAGUUGCGUGGGCGAUUGGCAUCUGUUGGGCGAGAUCGAUGGAUACAUCCAAGAGCAUCUUCUUCAAAUCUCUGACCAGGAAGAUUUUCUCAAACUCCCCCGACUCAAGCUUGAAGUCAUGCUAGAAGACAACCAAAACCUGCCCAGCAAUGGUAAACUUUACUCCAAGGUGCUCAACUGGGUGCAGCGCAGCCUCUGGGAGAAUGGUGGGCAGCUGGAGAAGCUGAUGGAGGAGGUGCAAACGCUAUACUACUCAGCGGAUCACAGGCUGCUCGAUGGGAGUCCACUUGAAGGGCAGACCAACAUUUUUGGCAAUGAUGACCACAUCCAGUUUGUACAGAAGAAGCCCCUGCGUGAGAACGACCACAGGCAGUUGAAUGGCAGCUCCUCCAGCAAUCUCUCACCCAGCUCAACUCCGCAGAGUGGCAAGCCUGAGUGGAAGUACAUAGCGUCUGAGAAGACCACCAACAACACCUACCUGUGCCUGGCUGUGCUCAAUGGGGUGCUGUGCGUGAUCUUCCUGCAUGGUCGGAACAGCCCACAGAGCUCCCCCUCUGGCACACCAUGUCUGCUGAAGAGCAUGAGCUUCGAGGCCCAGCCAGAGGAACUGGAGCAGAAGCUGCUGUUGCCAAUGCACUACGCUCGCUCCGGCCUGGGCACCGCUGAGCUGGAUGGCAAGCUUAUCGCUGCAGGAGGUUACAACAGGGAAGAGUGCCUGCGAACAGUGGAGUGCUAUGAUCCGCUGAAGAACUGUUGGAUGUUCAUUGCUCCGAUGAGAACACCUAGAGCACGAUUUCAGAUGGCGGUGUUGAUGGGUCAGCUUUACGUCAUGGGAGGUUCCAAUGGACACUCGGACGAGCUGAGUUGCGGGGAAACGUAUGACCCACACGCGGAUGAGUGGACACAAGUGCCAGAGCUCAGGACCAACCGCUGCAAUGCUGGUGUCUGCGCUUUGAACAACAGGCUGUUUGUUGUUGGAGGAUCAGACCCUAGUGGACAGAAAGGCUUGAAAAACUGCGAUGCUUUUGACCCAAUCAGCAAGACCUGGACAAACUGUGUCCCCCUCAACAUCAGGAGGCACCAGGCUGCGGUGUGUGAACUGGACAACUUCAUGUAUGUGAUCGGAGGAGCCGAGUCCUGGAACUGCUUAAAUACUGUGGAGCGAUACAAUCCAGAAAACAACACCUGGACCCUGAUUGCCCCCAUGAACGUAGCCCGGCGUGGGGCUGGUGUGGCUGUCUACCAAGGGAAGCUUUUUGUAGUUGGUGGGUUUGAUGGCUCCCAUGCCCUGCGAUGCGUGGAGGUGUAUGACCCAGCCAAGAAUGAGUGGAAGAUGCUGGGCAGCAUGACAAUGGCCCGUAGCAACGCAGGUGUGGUUCUGCUGGGGGGCACCAUUUGCGCAGUGGGCGGAUUCGAUGGCAAUGACUUUCUCAACUCCAUGGAGACCUACAACCCCAACACCAAUGAAUGGAGUCUUUACAUAGAUGCCUUUGCUGCUGUCUGACAGUUUAGCACCUUUCUCCUGCAUGCUUAGAAAUGUUAAUUUUUUUGAAAUUUUCUGUGAGUGGAAGGGGGUCUUCUUUUGGGGAGGGUGGGAACGACAGGAUAUGGAUAACCUUUAUAUAUCGCAUAUUUUUUGCUGUAUAUACUUUUUUCUAUUGUCCUAGAAUGCUUGUAGCAAUUUCCCCUUCAGAAAGCUAAGUGUAACAUUUGAGAUUUAUCUUUGUGCUCAUUUUACCAGCUUGCAGUUAAUGUUCAUUGAUGGGGUUGGUGACAGAAUACUUGACUCAGUUGGCUUAGUAAAUCUUACAGCAUCUUUUUUUUUCAUAGUUCUGGCAUCUGCAUUUAAAGCCUUACUAAAUAGGUUAAUAUGAUCACUGACAGCUAUAUUUGAAUUGCUUUGUCAUACAAUGGGAUCUUGAUGGCCUUUUUUUAUAUUUUUAUACACUAAGCAAUUUACCAAUGGACUAACUAGUGACAAUGCCACAUGACUUGAGUGUGCCAGUUAUAUAUACAGUCACAUUUGCAGACACAAUAAGUUGUGCUUAACAGCUUCUGAAACUUUUACCAUAUUUUUAUUACUUUGCAGUGAUGUUCAUUAGUGCUCAAAUUUAAGUUGGAUCCCCUCUUUGACAGACUGACUGGAAAAGUCAUCAUUGCAUUUGUUACAAGCUUAUUUCUUAAUAAAGUAUUUGAACAUGUA